AUGAGUGACUUCGAUCUUUCCAAGAAGAUUAAUCAGGCCAUUCAGGAUCGGCGUGAGACUUGGGACUUCAUUCGCAGUUUUGUCUCCCACUGGGUGACUCCACUAAAAGAGGCCGAUGGGUAUAGCGAGGCAGAUCUAUUAGCUGCAGAGGAGCGGCUAGGUAUUUCACUGCCCGCGGCAUUAAAGGAGGCAUAUAAUCUCUUCGGUCGCCGUUCGGAUCUCACUCGAAAUCAGGAAUACUUACUGGAGCCCACAGCUCUUUACCUUGAUCAUGGGGCGUUGAUAUUUCGCCACGAGAACCAGGGAGCCGCCUUUUGGGGAAUUCUGGUGGCAGAUCUCCAGUAUCCUGAUCCCCCCCGUGUAUAA